AUGGAGCCAUGGAGCGUGCUAUGGAGCAAUUGCAAAUCCAAGAGGGUCGAGGAUCGCCUUUGCAGCAGACGGAUCGAGCCAAGGGCACGACACAGCACCAAGGCGGACAUGAUAUGCGCCAGCCCCAAAUCCCAAUCCCACCAUCAGGGUGGUGAGGGCGGCAUGGUGGGGCCCGCACCAAAAGGCCCCCCCCUCUCUCUCUCCCAGCUGCCCCCUCCCCCAUCCAUCCAUCCAUCCAUCCAUUGCCCAAAUCAGCCGUGGACAGACGUGAACUCUAGCCCGGAACGCCGUCCCGUGACGGGCGUCAGAGUGGAAAGUGGUGCAGGUGGGAUUCUUGGCAUGCGGCGGGAACCAAGUGGCAUGAUGAGGAGGAUUCUGAAUUGCCCACUCUGGGACAAAGAGCGACAAGCAGAACGAGAGAGCAGACGUCCAAUGUCACGUUGUGGUGCUAGGCCGGAAGCGGACGGGCAGCGGAUGCCGCAAUGGCCGCUCCGGCCGGCCCCUGAGUGGUCGAGUGCCGUGCGCCACGCAUCAUGGACACGGCAUUGUCAUUUGCAGCAUGCAGUCAGUGUCGACCGAGCGGCCGGCCCAGCCUGGAAGCCUGCCACUACUGGUGCUGAUGCUGGUGCUGGUGGUGCUGCUACGGCAGAAGAGGCGGGCGCAUGGCGUCGCCACAUGAAGCACGUCACAGUCGCACUCCAAUUCCGCGGCUGCGGCACACUCAGCCCCACGUGUCGUCGACAGGGUCAGCCCUUCUUGCUCUUGCCCUCCGUGCUGCGUGCAGCGUGCCUUCCCUCUUCUCCAAGCGCUUGGACCUGCACUACCCACAGCAGCAACCACGACCACGACCACGACCACAACCACAACAACCACAACAACAUCACACACCCAAUUCCCUCCACACCGGUCCCUAAACAAGCAACUCCACCUCCGAGAAAAGCAAACACCGCCCGACCUUUGCGGACACACCUGCAGGACCCCUUCUUGUCCUCCUGCACACCAACAUCUGCCCGUCACAUGUCUGCUGCCCACGGCACCAAACGUCAUAUUCCAUCUGCCGUGCCAUGGCCACUAUCGACCCUUCUCCACUUUGUCUCACUCACCCAGAUCGCCGCCCGCGGACCGUCUCUGCCACUGUGA